AUUCGAUCUAGACCAAAAAUGGCCGCCCUGAAUUUCCAAUCAACCUAAACUUGCGCAAUUUUACUAUGAUAGGCAUUCUUCCAGUCCGUACUCCAUGGAAUGCACUUCAAGUCCUCUGCCUUGAAUCUGCCUCUUCUACAUCUUCAAAUUGCGUAAUUUUCUGCUAAGAAGACAGUUCAAAAGAAAAAGUGAAAACCAAUUCUGACAAAUUUUUUAUUUUCCCUAACGGUCUCGAUCGUGGACGCACCCUUUUUCGACUUUCUCGUCUACCGAGUUUGACGGCCAUAUCAUAUUGACAAAAACUUAUUUAUUUUGUUGUUAUCCUACAAAAGCUAUUUAUUUCAAAAGGUCGGCGAAGUUCCUAGCGGAACAAAUUUUCAACUAGAUCUGAAAAUUUCAAUGGAACGGUUAACCAGACCGGCCAUGAAAGGAUUUGUCGUCAUUUUUAUCUUACUGCUGUGCGCGGGCGUCCAAGGCGCUGGAAAAGCCGGAUUCCUUUUGAGGAAAUCGGCAGCGGGACUCAAUCCCGGAGCAAAUCUGGUGUCGGAUGGAUCUGAGGGCAAGAUUUCAAAAGGAUUUAUUGCAAAGGUGUCUUCUGGUUGGGAAAGGAAAGAUCUGGAGAGUAGCAGUUGUGAUGAAACAUACGGAUUUAUGCCCUGCACUACGACUGCUCUUGGAAAUUUGUUUCUGCUGCUGGCGUAUGGUUAUCUCAUGUAUUUGGCGGCCAAAUUUAUGGCCGACGGAAGCGAACUGCUAUUGGCCGUUUUAGGGCCUGGUCUUAUUGGAGGCUUGCUUUUGCCUGUUCUUGGAGCUUUUCCUGACGCUUUGCUCAUUCUAGUAUCUGGUCUAUCUGGAAGUACAGAAACUGCUCAAUCACAAGUUUUGAUAGGAAUGGGAUUACUUGCGGGAUCAACUGUGAUGUUAUUGACACUUUUGUGGGGCUCUUGUCUGGUUGUUGGCAAAUGUGAUAUCUCUGGUGAUUCUGUUGCAAUUGAUUCCCAAGAUACAACAAGAUUCAGCCUUUUAGGGUCAGGUAUUUCUACAGACAAAUCAACUAGAACUGCCUCUCGAAUUAUGGUGGCAUCAGUUGUGCCUUUUCUCAUUGUACAAAUCCCACAACUCAUUAACUCUUCUUCUGCCAAACGGAUAUCUGUUUUGGUUGCAUGCAUUGCUGCGAUUUUGUGUCUACUAUCUUAUUGUAUAUAUCAGGUCAUACAACCUUGGAUUCAAAAAAGACGAAUAGAAUAUGCAAAACAUAAACACAUAGUAUCAUCUGUCCUGCAUCAUGUACAUAAAAAAGGAUUGGGAACCCUUGUUGGAGAAGAUGGAGAACUUGAUGUUGAUGUUGCUAAAGGGAUAUUCAAUAGCCUGGAUUCUGAUGGUGACGGACAUUUGUCUGAAGGCGAGCUUCGUGGGCUACUUGUUGGUCUUGAAUUGCAUCAACAAAAUGCUUCAGCUAAAGAUGCCCUUGACAAAAUAAUGUCCGAUUUUGAUACCUCAAGAGAUGGUAAACUUGACUUAAUGGAGUUUGAAGAAGGAAUCCGUUCUUGGCUUCAUGUUGCACAGAAAGUUGAUCUUUCAAAUAACUACUCAAGGAAAGUCUCUGAUUUGGAAAGGACAGCCAGAGAUGAGCUUGAUAACCUCAUCCCUGAAGACACGAAAGAUGAUAAUGAUAAUCCAUAUCAAUUCUACCUGAAAGCUGUGUCACUUAUGCUGGGAGGUGCUGUUAUAGCUGGAAUAUUUGCAGAUCCAUUUGUAGAUGCUGUUGACAAUUUUUCUGAUGCAACAAGCAUUCCUUCAUUUUUCAUCUCUUUCAUAGCAAUGCCUUUGGCUACAAACUCUAGUGAGGGUGUUUCAGCACUUAUUUUCGCAAGCCGCAAGAAAACACAGACAGCUUCCUUGACUUAUUCUGAGAUAUAUGGUGCAGUGACCAUGAACAAUACAUUAUGUUUGGGAAUCUUCUUAGCUAUUGUUUAUAUCCGUGGCUUGGAAUGGGACUUUUCAGCCGAAGUGUUAGUUAUAUUGCUUGUUGUUUUAGCAAUGGGUCUUUUUGGCAGCUUUCGGACGACUUUCCCCUUGUGGAUGAGUUUUGUUGCCUUCCUUUUGUAUCCUCUAACUUUAGCCAUUGUUUAUGUCUUAGAUUAUGUUCUAGGAUGGUCAUGAAGAGAAGCAUUCAUAAUAUUUGUGCAUUAUGUCAUGGUGUUAAGGAGUUGAAAUCCAUGUAUAUUUGGAAUUCCACCAUCAUAUUGCAAUUAUAUGUAUGUUAUUAUUCUCUUUAUGCAAAUUAGUUAUGUUUUACAAACAGAAAUUGUCAGAUUGAACUGUUUUCAUAGAAUUCUUCAAUAAGGAGUUUACUUUUGGUCUCUCCCGUCACCAUAUGUAAAUCAUGUUUCUAGAUAUUCGUAUCUUGGUCAUUUUUGAACUUCA